AGUAGUUUGCUAUGCAACACAAAGCCCGCAGUUAUCAGUUUUGGAUUUCUGACAAUGGAGACAACAUGUCUUGAUAAAUCGGCUUUAAAAGCAGUUGAUGAGUACUGGGAGUACAGAAGGAUUGUGGGUGAUGAUGAUAGAGGUAGGCUGUUCACCCCAGAGCAGUAUGAGGAGUACAAGAGGACGGUGCUCCCUGUUCGCAUGAAAAACAGGCUGUAUGUGAGCUAUGGAAUGCCAGGAGGUAUCGACUGCAAACUAAUUGGUCCUGAGACACAGUGCUUCUGUACACAUAGGUACAAGCAACAUAAGACAGACUUUGAAGUGCUUCCCUCUGAGCGGCCCCUGGCCCUACCAUGCCAGGUUAGGGGAUGUCACUGUCCUGGAUAUCAGUAUGUUCCUCGAAAUGGGCCAAACCCUGUCCGCUGCAGGUGUAAACACCUACCUCAGGAUCACAGUGAAUCUACUGGCCACUUAUGCAAGAAAUGCAGUUCCUGUUCUGGGUUCCAGAGCCCCUACAUCUGCGGGUGUGGCCAGCCCUGCUCUGCCCACCAGACCCUGGUUGAGACAAAACCCGAGAGGGAGGCGCGGGGUCAGCCAGUAGGCAGGGAUGUCCCAUAUGCUGCCAUGGGGGGGCUGACGGGGUUCAGCUCCCUAUUGGACGGUUACCUCACUCUGGAGGCCUGUGGCUCAGACCAAGACAGAGAAGAGAGCUGCCAGCAGGGAAGCUCAGCAUCCAGGAUUAACCAAACAUCUACGAAAGCAUCUAGCUCUAAACAAACAUUAAAAUGAAAUGUUCCUCUCAGAGUCCAUCUGUCAAACUCUUAUAUUAAAUAUUGGACUAUUGAAAUUAACCAUAUCAAAUAAAUCACAUGCAAUUUACGAUCUAAACACUUGAAAGCAUUUUGAUUGUUUUUAAGUAUCUGCCUUUGUUAUUGUCGUGACGCUGUAACAUAAUCAGCUGUC